CCUCAACCCCCUUUAUUUCAGCUUAUCAAACUUCCUUCCUUAUUUUAUACACUCGCUUUCCUUAAAAUCCAACAAUAGCGUAUUUUUUAUAAAAAAUAAUAUUUAUAAUUUAAAUAAGUUUAAAUAACCAUAAUGCACCGUUUUCGAAAAAAGCAAGAUUUGAAAAAACUAGAACAUAAUAAUAACAACUCCCUCACUACUAAAGAAAGUCAAAUCUCGACUAGUACAACUAUUGUUACUGGUGAACUGCCUACACUGCCUACACUUCCUCCCUCAGACUUUCGUACUUCACUCAUCCUUCCCACUUUGACAAAACGUUUCAGUGUAUUACGUAGAGGAGAAAAAACAAAUAAUCAUAAUGAUACGUCAAAAAUUACUUCUAUCACGCAAGAAUCUCCUGAUAUUCGAACUAUUCUUUCACAUUCUCAAAUUAAUAAUGAGAAAUUCGAUAAUAAUAUCACUACCAUUAAUGAAGUAUCAAAAAUGAAAGGACGAUCACCGUUAAGCAGUUUGGUUGAAAUACCAAAUGAGGAAAAAUCAAUGUCAGGAAAUUCAUCAUCUACAAUAUCAUCAAUUACUCCACCAACGUCCGUAAAUACUUCGGUAUCAACUUUAUCAAUAAGUAAUAAUUACAUUAAUAUUGAUAAGGAUAAUAAUAAUAAUAAUAAUGAUAACAAUAAUGAUCUUCAUUAUCAUCAU